AUGGCCCUGGGCAGCGGGGGCUCAGCGGCGCUGCUGCUCAGGAGGACAGGAGUGGCCCAGACUCGGGCCCCCGGGCUGAACAGGGGUCGUGCCCCGAGGCCAAGGAGAGGGUGGGAAAUCAAAUCGGAUUUGGCUGUGAGGCUGGUGAAGGGAGGUGACAGGUGCCAGGGCCGGGUGGAGGUCCUCUACCAAGGCUCCUGGGGCACCGUGUGUGACUACAACUGGGACACCAAUGACGCCAACGUGGUCUACAGGCAGCUGGGCUGUGGCUGGGCCACUUCAGCCCCAGGAAGUGCCUGGUUCAGUCAGAGCUCAGGGCCGAUUAUCCUCGAUGCCCUGGUCUGCUCAGGUCAUGAGACCUACAUGUGGAGCUGCCCCCAUAGUGGCUGGAACUCCCACAACUGUGGACACAGCGAAGACGCCAGUGUCAUCUGCACAGCUGCCCAGCCCCAGUCCACGCUCAUUCCAGCUUGGUUAUUCCCCCACUAUGAUUAUGGAACCGAAUCGGAUUUGGCCCUGAGGCUGGUGAAUGGAGGGGACAGGUGUCAGGGCCGGGUGGAGGUCCUGUACCAAGGCUCCUGGGGCACCGUGUGUGAUGAUUACUGGGACACCACUGAUGCCGACGUGGUCUGCAGGCAGCUGGGCUGUGGCUGGGCCAUAUCGGCCCCGCAAAAUGCCUGGUUUGGCCAGGGCUCAGGGCCGAUUGUCUUGGACAACGUGCGCUGCUCAGGGCAAGAGGCCUACCUGUGGAGCUGCCCCCACAAUGGUUGGAACUCCCACAACUGUGCACACAGCGAGGACGCCAGUGUCAUCUGCUCAGGUUGGCCUCAAAGAUCCAGGAAGAGCAGCAGCAACGUGUGCCUGCUGAGCUUCCUCCCCCUGGGAUCCCAGCGGGGCCCCGUGGGCUUGGUGUCUGAUGUUCCUUCUCUUUCCACAGAUGCUCGGACCCAGUCCACUGCCUGGCCCGCCUCCAGCCAGUCCGAAUACUCGCCUGCUCUGAUAUCACCAGGGACCGAAUCGGGUUUGGCCCUGAGGCUGGGCUGGGUGAAUGGAGGUGCCAGGUGUCAGGGCCCGGUGGAAGUCCUGUACCCAGGCUGGUGGGGCACCGUGUGUGACGACAGCUGGGACAGCAUCGAUGCCGACGUGGUCUGCAGGCAGCUGGGCUGUGGCUGGGCCACAUCUGCCCCAGGAGGGGCCCAGUUGGGUCAGGGCUCAGGGCCGUUUGUCCUGGACGAUGUGGGCUGCUCAGGGCACGAGACCUCCGUGUGGAGCUGCCCCCAAGGUGUCUGGAACUCCCACAACUGUGGCCACAGCGAGGACGCCAGUGUCAUGUGCUCACUGCCCAGCCCCAGUCCACGCUCACUCCAGAUUGGUGGUUUACGACAGCUGCUUACGGUGAGCGUCGCGGGGAUCCUGCCAGCGAGAACCGACUCGGGUUUGGCCCUGAGGCUGGUGAAUGGAGGGGACAGGUGUCAGGGCCGGGUGGAGGUCCUGUACCGAGGCUCCUGGGGCACUGUGUGUGACGACAGCUGGGACACCUCGGACGCCAACGUGGUCUGCAGGCAGCUGGGCUGUGGCUGGGCCAUAUCAGCCCCGCAAAAUGCCCGGUUCGGCCAAGGCUCAGGGCCGAUUGUCUUGGACGACGUGCGCUGCUCAGGGCACGAGACCUACCUGUGGAGCUGCCCCCACAAUGGCUGGAACUCCCACAACUGUGGACACAACGAGGACGCCAGUGUCAUCUGCUCAGAUGCUGGGACCCAGUCCACUGAGGUGGUGUCCUGGUGCUGUGCUCUAGGGACCGAAUCGGGUUUGGCCCUGUGGCUGGUGAAUGGAGGUGCCAGGUGUCAGGGCCGGGUGGAGGUCCUGUACCCAGGCUCGUGGGGCACCGUGUGUGACGACAGCUGGGACACCAGCGAUGCCGACGUGGUGUGCAGGCAGCUGGGCUGUGGCUGGGCCACAUCGGCCCUAGGAGGGGUCCAGUUGAGUCAGAGGUCUGGGCUGUUUGUCCUGGACGAUGUGGGCUGCUCAGGGCACGAGACCUCCAUGUGGAGCUGCCCCCAAGGUGUCUGGAACUCCCACAGCUGUGGCCACAGUGAGGACGCCAGUGUCAUGUGCUCAGUUGGGUCUCCCAUAAGCAGGGUUGUGGUGUCCUGGUGCUGCCCUCUAGGGACCGAAUCGGGUUUGGCCCUGUGGCUGGUGAAUGGAGGUGCCAGCUGUCAGGGCCGGGUGGAGGUCCUGUACCCAGGCUCGUGGGGCCGUGUGACACCGUGUGACGACAGCUGGGACAGCAUCGAUGCCGACGUGGUCUGCAGGCAGCUGGGCUGUGGCUGGGCCACAUCUGCCCCAGGAGGGGCCCAGUUGGGUCAGGGCUCAGAGCCGUUUGUCCUGGACGAUGUGGGCUGCUCAGGGCACGAGACCUCCGUGUGUAGCUGCCCCCAAGGUGUCUGGAACUCCCACAACUGUGGCCACAGCGAGGACGCCAGUGUCAUGUGCUCACUGCCCAGCCCCAGUCCACGCUCACUCCAGAUUGGUGGUUUACGACAGCUGCUUACGGUGAGCGUCGCGGGGAUCCUGCCAGCGAGAACCGACUCGGGUUUGGCCCUGAGGCUGGUGAAUGGAGGGGACAGGUGUCAGGGCCGGGUGGAGGUCCUGUACCGAGGCUCCUGGGGCACCGUGUGUGACGACAGCUGGGACACCUCGGACGCCAACGUGGUCUGCAGGCAGCUGGGCUGUGGCUGGGCCAUAUCAGCCCCGCAAAAUGCCCGGUUCGGCCAAGGCUCAGGGCCGAUUGUCUUGGACGACGUGCGCUGCUCAGGGCACGAGACCUACCUGUGGAGCUGCCCCCACAAUGGCUGGAACUCCCACAACUGUGGACACAACGAGGACGCCAGUGUCAUCUGCUCAGCUGCUCAGACCCACUCCACUGCCUGGCCCGAGAGCUUGGAGGUUUGGAUGGGACAGGAGGAGGCUGGGGGUGUGGCCGUUCUCAUCCUUGUCCCUGAGAGGGAGGCAGGAGGCUCUGAAGGCCAGGUGCGAGGGUCGAUCUUCAUGGGCUGUCUGGCCCUGUCCUUCUGUGGGAUGUAUGCCCCGCCCCUCCGGUGGCAGGGCCAGAACCCAGGCAGAACCACCCAGGAGCCCACAAGCAACCAGCAGGGGAUGGUCUGGGCCUUCGUCCUGCAGCUGUGGCGCUGGAGCCUGGGUGUGAGCUGCGUGGGUCGGGGUGACCUCGCUGCUCGCCUCCUCUUGGAGUGA